CUGACAGCCUGAUUGGCUGUCAGGCUUUGCCAGUGAUUGUGAGCAACACGACCAGUUUAUUUCGACGAGGUCCACUGCUGAACACUGGUAAUCUAAACAGUGCAGAAAAUGCCACCGAAAAGAAAACCCCUGCCCCCUCCACUGCCUACAGGCUACAUUCUGACGGACAUGGAAAAGAAACAGUGGAAGCUCGGCAAGAUUAUCGGCAGAGGAGGAUUUGGACUGAUCUAUUUAGCUUCCCGGAGAUUGGACGCACCUGUUCCCGAUGACUCUGAUUUUGUGAUUAAAGUGGAAUACCACGAGAACGGUCCUUUGUUCUCCGAGCUGAAGUUCUACCAGAGGGCCGCCAAGCCGGAGAGCGUUAAAAGGUGGAAGAUGAGGAGGAGUUCGACUUUCCUCGGGAUACCGUGCUACUUUGGCUCCGGAUUGGCUGAGCUGAAUGGAACACGGUACCGGUUCAUGGUGGUGGACCGGUUGGGCACCGACCUUCAGAAGUUCUGUGACCAAAAUGGCGGAAGGCUGAAGAGACUAACUGUUCUGAGGCUGGGAUACCUGCUGUUGGAUGUGCUGGAGUACAUUCACGAGAAUGAGUACGUCCAUGCGGACAUCAAGGCUGCUAAUCUUCUGCUGGACCAGGGAGAUCCCAGCAAGGUGUACCUGGCAGACUAUGGGCUCUCGUACAGGUACCGCCCUGGCGGAGAGCACAAAGAGUACAGAGAGAACCCUAAGAAAGGACACGACGGCACCAUCGAGUACACGAGCAUCGACGCUCACAAUGGAGUAGCCCCCUCGCGGAGAGGUGACCUGGAGGUGCUUGGCUUCUGUCUGCUCCACUGGCUAUGUGGAAGGCUGCCCUGGGACUCCGUGCUCAAGACGCCGCCACUGGUCCAUGAAGCCAAAGCCAAGCUGAUGGCAAACCUGCCUGAUUCAGUGAUGGAGCUGUCUCCCCCAGGAACCUGCACAGGGGAGGUGGCCAGGUUCCUGCUCAAAGUCAAGUCCCUGGGGUACAAAGAGGAGCCGGACUACCAGGCGCUCCGCGACAUCCUGGCGGAGGGCCGGCCCAAGACGGGGCGGACCGAGGCCCCGCUGGACCUCUCCAGACCCAAGGAGGUGGAGGAGCGCAGGCCCCCACCCGGCCACAAACCCGCCAGAUCAACACCGGCAGUGCCCAGGCCACGGGCUCCGCCGCAAGAGGAUGCUGGGACAGGUACUUCCCUCGCCAAAUCGAAACCGGCGGCGAGGGCAGCGCCCAGACAGCCAUCUCCACCCCAAGAGGAUGCUGGGAUAGCCAGUGGAAAGGAGCUGCAGUACAGAGCACCGGCUCACCAGAGGAGACCCAGACAGGCAUCUCCACCCCAAGAGGAUGCUGGGAUAGCCAGUGGAGAGGAGCUGCAGUACAGAGCACCGGCUCACCAGAGGAGACCCAGACGGGCAUCUCCACCCCAAGAGGAUCCUGGGAUAGCCAGUGGAGAGGAGCUGCAGUACAGAGCACCGGCUCACCAGAGGAGACCCAGACAACCCGGGCGGAGCCCACCAGAGGAGAAGAAGAAGCCCCAGCCGAGACGCGUGGUCAGAAAGGUGCAGGCGUACGCGGACAGCAGCUCAGAAGAGCCGAGCGAAGAUCUGGAAGAUCCAGAGGACGUGAGCGUGCCUCGCCACCGAUACUACCUCAGGGACACGCCGGCCCGCAGGCAGGGCGCCCGCGGGAGGCUCCAGCAGUGGGGCGGGCCCCUCGCCAUCCUCUUCCUGCUCCUCCUCGCCAUCCUGGUCAUCCUCCUGCCUCAUUCGUUCAAAAGGGUGGUGCUUCUAUGACCGGGGGGUCAGGGCUUCUGCAGGGUCACCUUCACUGUCACAGGCUGUCAACAGUCGGGGAAUAUUUUUUUAUUUUUU